CUCUAAAGCAACCAUAUGUUGAAGCCGUGUCUGGGCGCAGAUAUUUAUUUAUUUAUUAUGGAGCUGGGGAGGUGGGAUGCUCAGACGAGUUGAAACGCUCAGUUGAACCUAUCCUGCACUCGUAACCCAUAGCUCAACCGCGUGUUUAAUAUAAUUCCUCCCCCCCUCCAUGUAAAAGAAAAACCAGCGCCGGGCUCCUGUACUGGGCUGAGCCGUGAACAAUAGAGCGAGAUACGCGGCGCUGCUCUUUGUCGCUAAUAAGGCGCACGGAAAACCACCGCAAGGAAAAGCAAGCAGCCGAGACCAGGGACUGGAGAACAUGGAGGUGAUCGAGCGCUGAUUUUUAUAGCGGACAUCACCGGAUAUACUUUUCAUUAGGUUUUUUACCCCUUAAAAUCAACAAGGAGAAAUAAUGAAUUCGGCGGAGGCUGCGGAGGAUGGACCGACUGACUCGGAUACGGACGCGUUUUUUAAAGCAGGGUCCUUCAAGAAUGAUGCCAUCAAGGCGUCGGAUAUUUUACCGGUACUGAAGGAAAAGGUGGCGUUUGUCUCAGGUGGCCGGGAUAAACGGGGCGGUCCGAUCUUAACUUUCCCAGCCAGGAGCAACCACGACAGAAUAAAGCAGGAAGACCUGCGGAAAAUGGUGACCUACCUCUCCACCGUGCCCAGCGAGGACGUGUGCAAGAGGGGCUUCACGGUGAUCAUCGACAUGCGCGGCUCCAAGUGGGACCUGAUCAAGCCCCUGCUGAAGACCCUGCAGGAGGCCUUCCCCGCCGAGAUCUGCGUGGCCCUCAUCAUCAAGCCCGACAACUUCUGGCAGAAGCAGAAGACCAACUUCGGCAGUGCCAAGUUCAGCUUUGAGACCAGCAUGGUGUCUGUGGAGGGGCUCACGAAGCUGGUGGACCCUUCCCAGCUGACAGACGACUUCGACGGCUCACUGGAGUACGACCACGAGGAGUGGCUGGAGCUGCGCGUGUCCCUGGAGGAGUUCAUCGGCAACGCCUCACACCUCCUCUCCCGUCUGGAGGAGCUGCAGGAGCAGUUGGCGAAGAAGGAGUUCCCCGUGGACGUGGAUGGAGCCCGGCGCCUCAUCGAGGAGCACGCACAUUUGAAGAAACUGGUAGUGAAGGCGCCCGUGGAAGAGCUGGACCGCGAGGGCCAGAGGCUGCUUCAAUGCAUUCGCGGGGGUGGGCCCGGGGGCGGGACAGGGGGUGGGGCUGCGGCUGGGGGAGGGGCCGAGGCCAGUGGCGGGGGCUUCUCUGGACGUGGUCGGGCCUCCGGACGUGCUGACUUCCAGAGUCUGGUGCCCAAGGUCACCACCCUGCUAGACAAGCUGCACUCUACGCGGCAGCAUCUGCACCAGAUGUGGCACGUGCGCAAGCUGAAGCUGGACCAGUGCUUCCAGCUGCGGCUCUUCGAGCAGGACGCUGAGAAGAUGUUCGACUGGAUCAGUCACAACAAGGAGCUGUUCCUGCAGAGCCACACGGAGAUAGGAGUCAGCUACCAGCACGCCAUGGACCUCCAGACGCAACACAACCACUUCGCCAUGAACUCUAUGAAUGCCUACGUAAACAUCAGCCGCAUCGUGUCGGUGGCUACCCGCCUGAGCGAGGCGGGCCACUACGCCUCUCAGCAGAUCAAGCAGAUCUCGGGCCAGCUGGACCAAGAGUGGAAGAGCUUCGCCGCCGCCCUGGAUGAGCGCAGCACCAUCCUCACCAUGUCCUCCGUCUUCCACCAGAAGGCCGAGCAGUUCCUGUCCGGUGUCGAGGCCUGGUGCAAAAUGUGCAGCGACGGGGGGCUGCCCUCGGAGAUGCAGGAGCUGGAGAUGGCCAUCCACCACCACCAGACGCUGUACGAGCAGGUCACCCAGGCCUAUGCUGAGGUCAGUCAGGACGGCAAGGCGCUGCUGGAUGUCCUGCAGCGUCCCCUGAGCCCCGGGAACUCGGAGUCGCUGACGGCCACGGCCAACUACUCCAAGGCGGUGCACUGCGUGCUGGACGUGGUGCAUGAGGUGCUGCACCACCAGCGCCGCCUAGAGGGCAUCUGGCAGCACCGCAAGGUCCGGCUGCACCAGCGGCUGCAGCUCUGCGUCUUCCAGCAGGACGUGCAGCAGGUGCUGGACUGGAUCGAGAAUCAUGGUGAGGCUUUCCUGAGCAAGCACACGGGCGUGGGAAAGUCGCUACAUCGAGCGCGGGCUCUGCAGAAGCGCCAUGAUGACUUCGAAGAGGUGGCCCAGAACACAUACACCAAUGCGGACAAACUGCUGGAGGCUGCCGAGCAACUGGCCCAGACGGGCGAGUGCGACCCGGAGGAGAUCUACAAGGCGGCCCGGCACCUGGAAGUACGCAUCCAGGACUUUGUGCGCAGGGUGGAGCAGAGGAAGCUCCUCCUGGACAUGUCGGUCUCCUUCCACACCCACACCAAGGAGCUGUGGACAUGGAUGGAGGACCUGCAGAAGGAGCUCCUGGAGGAGGUGUGCUCCGAUUCGGUGGAAUCAGUGCAGGAGCUCAUCAAGCAGUUCCAGCAGCAGCAGACGGCCACAUUGGAGGCCACUCUCAAUGUCAUCAAGGAAGGGGAGGAGCUAAUGCAGCAGCUGAGGGACUCGGCGAUGUCGCACAACAAGAUGCCACACAACAGCUCGAUCGCGCACAUCGAGAGCGUACUGCAGCAGCUGGACGAGGCGCAGGGCCAGAUGGAGGAGCUCUUCCAUGAGCGCAAGAUCAAGCUGGACAUCUUCCUGCAGCUGCGUAUCUUCGAGCAGUACGCCAUCGAGGUAACUGCAGAGCUGGAUGCCUGGAACGAGGACCUCCUGAGGCAAGCGGGUGACUUCGGAGCAGAGGAGUUGGCUCCGGCUGAGCAACGGCUGCAGCGUCACACGGAGAGGAAGCUGGCCAUGAACAACAUGACCUUCGAGGUCAUCCAGCAGGGCCAGGACCUGCACCAGUACAUCAUGGAGGUCCAGGCAUCAGGGAUUGAGCUGACAGGGGAGAAGGAGGUAGACCUGGCCACCCAGGUGCAGGAAUUGCUGGAAUUCCUCCACGAGAAGCAGCACGAGCUGGACCUGAGUGCCGAGCAGAUGCAGAAGCGGCUGGAGCAGUGUGUGCAGCUUCGGCACCUGCAGACCGAGGUCAAACAGGUCCUGGGGUGGAUCCGGAACGGGGAGUCGAUGCUGAACGCCAGCAUGGUGAACGCCAGCUCGCUGUCGGAGGCGGAGCAACUGCAGAGGGAGCACGAGCAGUUCCAGCUGGCCAUAGAGUCCCUGUUCCAUGCCAAUUCACUGCAGAAGACGCACCAGAGCGCCCUGCAGGUGCAGCAGAAGGCCGAGGCCAUGCUGCAGGCGGGUCACUACGACCCGGACGCCAUCCGUGGCUGCGCCGAGAAGGUGGCCCUGCACUGGCAGCAGCUCAUGCUCAAGAUGGAGGACCGACUCAAGCUGGUCAAUGCAUCCGUGGCCUUUUACAAGACAUCGGAGCAGGUGUGCAGCGUCCUGGAGAGCCUGGAACAGGAGUACCGGAGGGAUGAGGACUGGUGUGGGGGCCAUGACAAGCUGGGGGCCAUGGCUGAGACAGACCACGUCAUCCCGCUCAUCAGCAAGCACCUGGAGCAGAAGGAGGCUUUCUUAAAAGCUUGCACUCUGGCCCGGAGGAACGCGGAGGUCUUCCUCAAGUACAUCCAUAGGAACAACGUCAGCAUGCCUGGAGCAGUCAGCCAUGCACGCGGACCAGAGCAACAGGUCAAAGCCAUCUUGAAUGAGCUUCUGCAGAGGGAGAACCGUGUCUUGCACUUUUGGACCAUGAAGAAACGCCGACUGGACCAGUGUCAGCAGUACGUGGUGUUCGAGCGCAGCGCUAAACAGGCCUUAGACUGGAUUCAGGAAACUGGGGAGUAUUACCUCUCUACUCACACCUCCCCGGCGGAAACCAGUGAGCAAAAUCAACAUCUACUCCAGGAGUACAGGGAAUUCAGAGUAUCCGCCAAGCAAACCAAGGAGAAGGUGAAGCUCCUCAUCCAGCUGGCAGACAGCUUUGUGGAGAAGGGCCACGUCCACGUGACAGAGCUGAAGAAGUGGGUGACCACGGUGGACAAGCACUACCGCGACUUCUCCCUGAGGAUCGCCAAGUACCGGUGCUCUCUGGAGUCGUCAUUGGGCAUUAGCUCAGAAGAUACUGACGAAUUGGAGCUGGACAUCAUCCCAGCUAGCCUGGCCGACCCGGCGGUGAAGCUGCGAGACCCCAACCAGGAGCUCAACGAGGAGAAGAAGAAAUCAGCCCGAAAGAAGGAAUAUAUAAUGGCUGAGCUUCUACAAACUGAAAAAACGUACGUCAGAGACUUGCAUGAAUGUUUGGAGACGUACCUGUGGGAAAUGACAAGCGGCGUGGAGGAGAUCCCACCAGCGAUUGUCAACAAGGAGCACGUCAUCUUCGGGAACAUACAGGAAAUUUAUGAUUUUCAUAACAACAUUUUCCUGAAGGAACUGGUUAACUAUGAGCAGCUCCCUGAGGACGUGGGCCAUUGCUUUGUUACCUGGGCCGACAAGUUCAACAUGUAUGUCACCUACUGUAAAAAUAAGCCAGAUUCUAGCCAGCUGAUACUGGAGCAUGCUGGGACAUUUUUUGAUGAAAUUCAACAGAGGCACGGCUUGGCCAACUCCAUCUCCUCCUACCUGAUCAAGCCAGUGCAGAGGAUCACGAAGUACCAGCUGCUCCUUAAGGAACUACUCAGCUGCUGUGAGGAAGGGAAAGGGGAGCUGAAGGACGGCCUGGAGGUCAUGCUGAGUGUCCCUAAGAGGGCCAACGAUGCCAUGCAUGUCAGCAUGCUGGAAGGUUUUGACGAAAACCUUGAGGUCCAAGGUGAGCUCAUCCUACAGGAUACCUUCCAGGUUUGGGAUCCCAGGUCCUUGAUCCGAAAGGGCCGUGACCGACACCUGUUCCUGUUUGAGAUCUCACUGGUGUUCAGUAAGGAGAUCAAGGACUCGGCUGGACACACAAAAUACGUGUACAAGAACAAACUGCUGACCUCAGAGCUGGGAGUAACGGAGCACAUUGAAGGGGACCCCUGUAAAUUUGCCCUCUGGGCUGGGAGGACACCGUCAUCGGACAAUAAGACGGUUCUGAAGGCCUCAAGUGUCGAAGUGAAGCAGGAGUGGAUCAAAAACAUCCGGGAGGUAAUCCAGGAGAGAAUCAUUCACCUGAAGGGGGCGCUGAAGGAACCCAUCCCAAUACCCAAAACGCCGGCCAGGCAGCGAAACAACAGCAGAAGGGAUGUUGGCGAGGAACUGGACAGUCAGGGAGAUGGCAGCAGCCAGCCAGAUACCAUCUCCAUCGCUUCCAGGACCUCGCAGAACACGGUGGAGAGUGACAAGCUCUCUGGUGGCUGUGAGCACACCGUCAUCCUGCAGGACUUCAGCGCCGGCGGUGUCGGGGAGCUCAGCGUCCAGACGGGUCAGACGGUGGAGCUACUGGAGAGGUCCAGUGAUCGACCCGGCUGGUGCCUGGUGCGGACCACAGACCGCAAUCCCCCCCUGGAGGGCCUGGUGCCCACCAGCAGCCUGUGCAUCUCCCACUCGCGCAGCAGUGUGGAGAUGGACUGCUUCUUCCCUUCAGGGAGAGAGAACUCGGAGGCCAAGACAGACUCGGUGGCCACGCUACAGCCGCAGGCCUCUGUCAGCUCCAUCCAGACCGGCUCGCCGGGCUCCAAGCGGCCCAGCAACACACUGAAGAAGUGGCUGACCAGCCCCGUGCGGCGCCUCAGUCACGGCAAGGCCGACAGCGCCGUCAAGAAAGUCCCCGGCAAGCCCAAGAAGCGGGAAAAGCCCAAGUUUGAGCAGGACGAGAGUGCCGACGAGAGGGCCAGGAAGGAGGGCACACUGCCCAAAUCAGCGUCCGGCAUGCAGAGCGGAGGGGAGGAGGAGCUGGAAGACGAGGCGCACACCCCCCUGCCGCCCCCCAUGGAGAUCAUCAAGGAUCCCUCGUCCCAGGAGGAGAAGUCCGCCGCUUUGCUUGCUGCGCGCCAAAGUUCCGUCGAGAUCCCCAGUGCGGCCGAGCUGGUCAGCGCCAUAGAAAGGCUGGUCCAGACCAAGACGAGCCUGGAGCCGUACCCGCGGCUUUGCGCGCUGACUGCGCCCGCCGAGCAGCCCACCAUGGCGCCCAAGAACCCAGAGGCAGAGCAGCGGGCCAAGGCUCUGCGUGGCCGCAUGUUCGUGCUUAACGAGCUGAUACAGACAGAGAAAGAUUACGUGAGGGACCUGGGCAUCGUGGUAGAGGGGUUCAUGAAGAGAAUAGAGGAGAAAGGCAUCCCCGAAGACAUGAAAGGAAAAGACAAGAUAGUCUUUGGCAACAUCCAUCAGAUCUCCGACUGGCACAGGGAUUUUUUCCUGGGUGAACUGGAGAAGUGUCUUCAAGACCAUGACCGCCUUGCAGAGCUUUUCAUAAAACACGAGCGGCGAUUGCACAUGUACGUGGUGUACUGCCAGAACAAACCCACCUCCGAGUUCAUUGUGGCUGAAUACGAUGCGUACUUUGAGGAGGUACAGCAAGAAAUAAACUCAAGGCUGACCAUCAGUGAUUAUCUCAUAAAGCCCAUCCAGAGAAUCACCAAGUAUCAGCUUCUGCUCAAGGAUUUCCUGAAGUACACUUCGAAGGCAGGCAUGGACUGCCAAGACAUUGAGAAAGCUGUCGAUCUCAUGUUCCUGGUACCCAAGCGCUGCAAUGACAUGAUGAACCUGGGCCGGCUGCAGGGCUACGAGGGGAAGCUGACAAGCCAGGGUAAGCUCCUGCAGCAGGACACGUUCUUCGUGACGGAGCAGGACUCGGGCGUUCUGUCACGCAGCAAGGAGCGCCGGGUCUUUCUCUUCGAGCAGAUCGUCAUCUUCAGCGAGUUGCUCCGCAAGGGCUCGUCCACACCGGGCUACCAGUUCAAGAAAAGUAUCAAGGUGAGCUAUCUGAGCAUGGACCCGAAUGUGGACAACGACCCCUGCAAGUUCGUUCUGUCCUGCCGCGGCUCCUCGGAGCGUUUCACCCUGCAGGCAGCCAAUGUGGACAUCAAGCAGGUCUGGGUCCAUGACAUCCAGGAGCUGCUCGACACCCAGAGUAACUUCCUGUCAGCCUUGGUAUCUCCCAUCGAGUUCCAGAAAAAGGAAAGCGGGUCACAUUCCCUGACCAGGAACCAGGCUAGCAGUGGGCGACCAGCCCACUCCAGUGGCCGGCCAACUUCCGUAGGCUCAGAGAAAUCCCCCCUCACAGGCCAGACUCCCGCCCCUCUCAAGCUACCUACCUCCAACGGCAGCCCUGGCUACGACCUACAGAGAUACUCCGAGCGUUACGAGGCCGGCAAGAAUGACAGGACUGGAUGUAACGGGGUGUCCUCGACCAUGGAGGUGAUCCAGGACUAUAACGCUGUGAAGGAGAAUGAGAUCUGUGUCGCCCAGGGCGAGACGGUGCAGAUCCUGGCCACGAACCAGCAGAACAUGUGCCUGGUGUACCGGCCUGCCAACAGCCAGUCCCCGGCGGCCGAGGGCUGGGUGCCCGGACACGUCUUGGGCCCCCUCAGUAAAGCCCAUGUAGACAUUGCUGAAGGAAGCUUCAAGAAGUCUUUCUCAUGGCAUACCUUGCGCAUGAGAUCGCGGGUGGAAAAGGAGGGAGUUUUGGCGAGUGACUCAAAGGUUGAUCUCAGCCGUCGCAAGUCCAGGGAAAUUCAAAGCUGCAAGGUUGCUGUCGAUGAGUCUAACAGCUCGGAGGAGUCCGAGGGUGAUGAGCAGGUUCCACAGACUAGCAUGGAGUUAAUGAAUCCUAAUUUCAUUCAAGAAGUGGCCCCCGAGUUCCUGGUCUCCCUCGCCGACGUGACUUGUGCCCUCGGUGACACUGUCACCUUGCGCUGCAAGGUCUGCGGUCGCCCCAAACCAGCGGUGACCGUGCGCGCGCCGGACCAGACCCUCAUAGUCAACAACACCCGCUUCGCUAUAGACAUCAGGGAAAGCGGGGAAAUUAUUCUGAAGAUCUGCAACCUGACGCCUCAGGAUACGGGAAUCUACACGUGCGUGGCUGUCAACGAUCAUGGCUCCGCCUCUUCCUCGGCCUCCAUAAAAGUACAAGGUGUCCCCCCUGCGCCGUCCAAACCAGUGGCCCAGCAGGCGGGCAGCACGGCAGUGUUGGUACACUGGAUCCCGCCAACCAAUUUAGGGAACUGCACAGUGACCAGCUACACUGUAGAGUACCGACAGGAAGACUCCCUGAUGUGGCAUAAGUCGGUGGUGUCCACAGCAGAUGUGUGUGUGAAGAUAGAGAAACUCAUCCCUGGGGGGCACUAUCAGUUCCGCGUUAGCGCUACUAACCGCUGGGGUGUCAGCCCCCCCAGUGAGCCCUCUAACAUGGUGACAUUGCCCAGUGGGAGUUUUACGUGUGAUGGUUCUGGAAUACAGUGGAAAGACAACUUUGCAACAAUAUUCACAGAAAUUUGCGAGAUCGGAAGGGGCAGGUUUUCGGUGGUUAGGAAGUGUCUGAACAAGGUCACCAAGAAAGAAGUGGCAGUGAAGUACAUGAGUAAGAAGAUGAGGAGGAAGGAGCAGGUGGCCCAGGAAGCCGACAUCCUCAGACACGUACAGCACCCUCAGCUGCCAGCACUCUUGGACGCUUACGAGUCGGACAGCUGCUUCAUGCUGGUCCUGGACCUCCUGGACCACGGAAGGCUACUGGAUUACCUGGUGUCUCUCAACGAGCUGAUGGAAGAGAAGGUGGCCUUCUGCGUGAGGGACACCCUGGAGGCUCUGCAGCAUCUUCACACUUGUCGGGUGGCACACCUGGACUUGAAGCCGGAGAACCUCAUGGUGGAUCUCUGCGCCCCCGUCCUGUGUGUCAAGCUCAUCGACUUUGGCGACGCCAUCCAGAUGUCCAGCCACAGCUAUGUGCACUUGCUCCUGGGGAAUCCCGAGUUUGCUGCCCCCGAGCUGAUCCGGGGGGCGCCGGUGGCCCUCAGCACAGACGUGUGGAGCGUGGGGGUCAUGACCUACGUCAUGCUAAGCGGGGUCUCUCCAUUCCUGGAUGAGAGCACGGAAGAGACGUGUGCCAACAUUUGCCGGCUGGACUUCAGCUUCCCAGACGAGUACUUCCACGGGGUCAGUCAGGCGGCCCGGGACUUUGUCGCCUCUGUGCUUCUGGAAGACCCCAGGAAGCGACCCAGCACAACCUGCUGCCUGAGGCACCCUUGGGUGAGCGCCCGGGCGGGCGAGCACUCGAGGACCCCCCUGGACAUGGCCCGGCUGGCAUCCUUUAUCGAACGCCGAAGGCAGCUCAGCGAUGUGCGGCCAGUCACCAAUAUCAAGGGCCUGGUCACCCCGGAGGUGGGGCAGUCCGUCUGAAUCCUACGUUUGGUGACACUUUAGUUUGACCACUUCAUCUGUCCAGAACAUGACAGUUACAGCGCACUCGGAGUAGUCUGAAACUUCUGGCUAGCUGCAACGCUUUCUGGGGCAUCCCAUGCAGUGAAGACAAGUUUAUUAAAAUGUCUAGAGAUCAGGUGACAUUAGGUAUUCAGUUCAGCUCUUUGAUAUUCUGCUACUAUUGAGAGUGUUAAUUGUUUAACCCUUGAAUCUGCAACAUUGAUAAUGCACUACAGUUAUGAUAAAUCCCGUAAGCACUAUAUUAAAAACGCCGUCUUAUGAUGGAUUGACAAUCUUGUAUUUUGUACAGUACCAGUCAAAAAAGAUUGAGUGUACCUGCCUGUAUCCAUAUAUAUGUAUUCUUGAAAAUGGACGCACUUAUCUGUUAUUGGGUGUGCAAGUUGAUCUUAGCUUAAAAUAUGUGGGUCUAGUGGAUGUUGAUAUUAGGGACUAACUUAAAAUAUUUGGGUAUAUUUUUUAGAGCGCAGAUGGUGUUACAGAGAUGAGUUUUGCAUGGGUGGUUCCCACACUCAAGCAUUGAAGUAGCAAUGCCAUUGUUUAGGGCAGUUUUGCUUGUGAUAGUUGAUCUAUAUCAAUUCCAUACUUCAGAGACCUGCCAUUCCUUCGGAGUUGUGAUACAUGCUUCAUUCUGCAGUGAGAUGGUGGCACAAAACACACCUCGAAAUUGUACGAGAACUAUCUGGUGAAGAAAAGUGAUGGAAAACACAAAGCAAUCAUCUGAAUGUCACAGUUUCCAAACUUCAGUCCCACAGAAGGUGUAUGGGAAGCUGCACAGAAGAGUCAAAGCGAAGCAAUCUACUCGUACUUUACGUUCCUGAGAUUGCUGCAGAAAAACUGUGAAGGCAUGUUCGGUGGUCUCCUACUGAAACAGUUAAAUGUCCGGCAUUUGCGAAGCUGUUAUCAAGGCAAAUGGUAGCUAUUUUGAGAAAUACAAGGUUUUCCAAUUUCUUGAAUACUGCUUUGGUAUAUAAAUUUUCUAUAUUGUGUUAUUUUCAAAUAUUUAUAGAAGAAUAUAUGACGUAAAACAAGAAAAAGACUAGUUCUCAGCGAGUAUACUCAAAGUUUUGACUGAUACUGUAUGUGAGUUCUAUUAUGUCAACUGUACAUAAACUUUUAUGACCUAUUGAGUAAACAUCGGGGGGGAAAAUUCGGGAAAAAAAGGAUGGUAAAGUGAUACACUGUGAAUUGAUAUUAAGCAUGUUUUACAAAAACGCACUGUUAAUUUUUUGUAAGAUUAAAAUGCAGUGUAUAUAUGGCAUACACACAUUUAAUGCCUGGAGCAGAGAAUACUUUGAAUCAAACGGUGUUAUGCUGAGCAAUGUUAAAAGCGAAAAAAACAUUUUACGUAGUCAAAAUUUAAGGAGUUUUUUUCUUGAAAAGCUUUUUCUUGAUUGAAUUAUAUACCGUCAGUAAAAAGUUUAAGCAGUUUUAAAGCCACUUUGUUGUUUUUGCACAUCUUUUCCUAUCGCUGAUAGAGAAGUUUAAAAUUUUGUAUAAAAACUAAAAUUAUGUAUUGUAAGAACAAAGUAGUGGACAAAAUUAAAGGAUUAACACUUUAUUUCAGAUGGCAGCUUUAAUAACCUCUCUUGACCUGUCAGAGAUUACCGGCGAUCGGGGUUGUGUAGUUUCAUUAAAUCAGCACUUGGCUGUUCUGCAUAGCUAUUUAAGAUUUGCUGCGUAAACGUGGCGUGCAGCUGUAUCAGAAAUGAAAAGUUCAGUGGGGGAACUAUUAUAAAACAAUAACACUACCAGAUAUUUCAGAUUUAUUUUUUUAAAUCAUGGCAGAUUUAAAUCAAGUGAAACUUUAGAUUUUUUUAUCAUCUGAACAUCUGAAAGUAUUCACUGUAAUUUCUCUUCUAGCGAAUAACGACUUAAGUUGCGACGGUCUGACAACGUUGUUUGUGUUACGUGUGACGUAAUCGGCUGAAUUUCAGUUUCACGGUAUCCUACGCCCACUGAAGACUAGGAGGCGUGAAAGGGCAGUAAAAUCCAAUACUACACAUUUUGAAUUCAAUAGCAAUAUGAAUAUUUUAUGAACUACAGAUACUAAAUAUUUUUCUGAUAAGAUUUUUGAAUAUUGUAAUUAUAGUAAUUUUAAAUGCUCAUUAUAUUUAAAAAAAUGGAACACUCGAUUUGUUACAAAAUAAAAACCCUCUACAUAAACUUAAAAUGGAAAAAAAUACUUUAACUCGUUCUUAAAGAUUUAAUUUGCUUGAUACAACUAAAUAUAGAAACAGACAUCCUUUUAACUUCUUACAAAUUCAAUCACGCUGCAGUCUUUUUGCGUCACUAACGAUCUGUUGUAUGCGCUGUGUAUUUGCGGAAAUUGCGGAAGUGAAUUUUUUUUAUAACAUUGUGACUACCUUCGAGAAAAAAAAUUGUUGUAAGAAUUAUGGGUAUUAAGGUAUCGAUCUACCUAUCGGUAUUGUACAGCAUUCCUGGAGCGCACUACCCUUGCUCUUACGUUUGUGUGGCAGCGCUUUUUCUGUGGUGUGAAUGAAGCCAUGACCUCAUUUCUCUCCUGACAUGUGACGUUGCGGGCCGAUGGGACGUCACUCUUCACACCUCCUGUCACAAUGCCCGCAGAGCCUCUCUUUCUGGUUCCUACAUCGCUGAAGUUUGCUGAGCUUAAUAAGUAUUGCCUGGGUCUCUGCUUCUGUGCUGUACGAAUGAAUCUCCUCGUUUUGAGAUUAUUCUGAUGAGGACAACGUUAAGUGCUGAAUAUGCUUUGUUCAAUGCAGUAGCCAUUUAAUGCAUCAUUAGAUGCCGCACGAUCUGUAUAUACACUGUGUCUGUGUUUAUGACUCAUGAACCAAAUCAGGAUCUCCUUUAUUUGGACCAUAUGCUGUCUAUUUGUUACUGAAUGUUUAAUAAAAUUGUUUGUAUUAAAAGUGAAA